CCCACGACUAGCUUCGAUUAUCCCAGGGGUCAUCCAUUCUUCAGCGUUCUUUUCCUGAACGCGUCUCUACUGAAUCCGUCGCUGAUCGCAUGGUUGGCCCGUCGCGUUGAGGUCUGCAUAUUGCGCGUGUCUUGCUUUCGUCGUGGUCUCCGUUAGGCGUAAGGAUGAAGGCGAUCGUAAAGGUCGGGAUUUUGGUGCUGGGCCUGGUGACGUUGUUCGCGACGGAAUGUCGGGCUCAGCUGUCGAAUCCGGUUACCAGAGACUCUCACGUGAUCAAUGAAGGGAAUAAGUUUCUUUCGCGUCACGCGACGGCCGACAGCGAUCCGAUUCCAGCUGUCGACGAGGAGGCGAUGGGGAACAGCCGGUGCCCGGUGAAUCUGGAGCUGCGGUGGCAGGCGGAGGUCAGCAGCAGCAUCUACUCCACGCCUGUUGUCGCCGACAUCAACAGGGAUGGCAAGAUGGAGGUGGUGGUGCCCUCCUUUGUGCACUACCUGGAGGUGCUCGACGGCUAUGACGGGGACAGGCUGCAUGGUUGGCCGGCCUUUUACCGCUCCAGCACGCACACGAGCCCGCUGCUGUACGACAUCAACAAGGACGGGGUGCGGGAGAUCAUCCUCGCGGAUUACAACGGCGAGAUCAUCUCCUUCACUCCUGCCGGCCAGGAGCUGACUCGUUAUAAGAUGAGUGUUCCUCGGCUGCGCAUUCGCAAGGAGUGGUAUGUGGGGCUCGACCCGGACCAUGUGGACCAUGCCCACCCAGACAUCCAUGCUGCCAUAGACGAUGCCAAGAACGCGUCCAGCCAGCACCAGGAGAGCGACCUGCUGAACCUGCCCAAGCCACAUGCUGCUGAUGGCCAUGCUGAUCCCGGUGCUGAUCGUGGCGCUGGUGGCUCUGACACCCACGCACCAGGAGCACCAGGGCAGGGAACACACGUGCAGGCACACGACCAAGGGACGCGGACGCAGGGGCAGCAGGCACAGGGGCAGCAAGCACAGGGGCAGCAAGCACAGGGGCAGCAGCAUCUAGGUCAGCCACAUCAGCAGCCGCAUCAGGAGCCGCAGCCACUGCAUCAGGAGCACCCACAGCAGCAGCAGCAGCACGUGCAGGGGGGGGGAGGUUUACCCCAAGGGAAUGACGUCCAGCAGCCAGGCAUCCCCACAGCAGUUGACACAGGGUUUGGCACCGCCACUGCUAGAACGCUCACGGACCAGGCCGCUCAGGCACACACAGAGCCGCUUGCAGGGGGCCAUGGGGAUCCAGGUUUGCCCCCUCUUGUUGCUAAUGGUGCUGCUGCUGGUGCUGGAGGUGCUAGUAGCGGGGGGAUAGACCUGCCCCCGCCUGUAGAGGCGGCAGGGCAUGGCACAGGCACUGCUGGUGGCGGUGCUGCUGGUGGCGGCGCUGCUGCUGAUGGGGCGGUGGGGGGAGCAGGGGGAGGGGGGUCAGGGGGAAGAGGGGCGGCGAUAGCGGAUUUGGAUUGUGAGAAGGGCGGGCUGUGCACCAAGGAGGCUCACGCGGCGGCAGAAGCCAAGGCAGCCGCCGCUGCUGCUGCUGUGGCUGCUGCUAUGAGCGGCGGAAUGGCAGCAGGCGCGCAGCAGGGACAGGCGCAGCAGCAGGGGCAGCAGCAGGGACAGCCGCAGGGGCAGCAGCAGGGGCAGAAGCAGGGGGAAGGGUCAGGGAAGGUCCAAGCGACAGAGGAGGACCUGCAGAAGAUCAAAUCGUGGGAGCAGUGGCAGCAGGAUGUGAUGGUCAAGGCGGGGGGGAUGGGGGAGAGGGAGCAGGCGAUGUGGAAGCACUACCAGGACUGGAAAAGCAAUCUCCUGCUGCCAGGAGAGGAAACACCCAGCGCUUCUGGUGCUGCUGGUGCUGCUGGUACCGCUGCUGGUGCUGCUGGUGGCGGGGUGCAUGGUGCUCGCAGGCGGCUGCUGCAGGUGCAUGAGGAGAAGAUGGGAGGAGGGGAGGGAGAGGAGGCCGGACUUGGUGGGAGUGUGGGGCCAGCACGGAGAAGGCUGCUGCAGGCGCAUGGGGACCACCAUGCUGGCGACCACGAAGAUUUCCCCUCAGCAGAGCCGGACAGCGAGUUGGACGAGGAAGGGGCAGACUCGUGGGAUGUGUUCAAAGACGAUGACGACUUCGGGCAGAACUGGGAGGGCGAUGGGGACGAUUGGGCGGCGGAAGAUGGGAGGGAGGGGGAGGGGGGGGAGGAGGACCAGGGGGAGGAGGAAGGGGGAGGGCAUGAGGGCAAGGGGGGGCAUCGGGGGGAGGCACACAAGGGGGAGCACGGAGGGGGAGGGGGGAGUGAGGCGGAGGAUGAUGAGUGGGGGGGCCCAAGGGCGGAGAAGGAGGAUGGGGACGAGUACCAGUACGACUAUGACGACUAUGUGAAUGAGAACAUGUGGGAGGACGAGGACUGGACGGAGGCGGAGCACGAGGCGGACAAGGAAUUUAUCCUCGUCGACUCGCACAUCCUCUGCACUCCGGUCAUAGCAGACAUUGACAAUGAUGGGCAUGAUGAGCUCGUCAUUGCGGCUUCGCACUUCUUCGAUCGAGAGUACUACGAGGACCCGGCGCACAAGCACGAGCUGGAGGAGGGCGUGGACAUGAGCAAGUAUAUUGGGGGCGCCAUCGUGGUCUUCGACCUGCACACGCAGCAGCUCAAGUGGUCGCAGCACCUCGACCUCACCACGGACAGCACCCAGUUCCGCGCCUACAUCUACUCCGCGCCCACUGUGGUGGAUUUAGACGGGGAUGGGUUUCUGGAGAUCAUUGUUGGGACCUCGGUGGGCUUCAUCUACUGCCUCGACGCCUUUGGCAAGGUGAAACCAGGCUUUCCUCUUCAAAUGGGCGAGGUGCAGGGGCAGGUGGUGGCGGCCGACGUGAACCAUGAUGGCAAGCUCGAGAUAGUCGCCGCUGACACCAGGGGCAACGUGGCGGCGUUUUCCUCGGAGGGCAAGGAGCUGUGGGAGCGGCACCUGGCGUCGCUGAUCGCGCAGGGGGCGAGCGUGGGGGAUGUGAAUGGCGACGGGUUCACUGAGGUGGUGCUGGGAUCGUCUUCAGGCCACAUCUACGUGCUGGAUGGGCGGACAGGCAAGGACGUGGGGGCCUUCCCCUUCCGCACGCACGGGCGCAUCAUGGCGCCCAUUCUCCUGGUGGACCUGCACAAACACGCAGGGGGGGGCAAGGGCCACCACGUUGCCACCUCCUCCGGGCUGCACCUGGUGGUGGUGUCGUUUGACGGGUUCCUCUACGCCGUGGAUGGACGGACAGGAUGCGCCGACACCUUUGACAUUGGGGAGACAUCCUACAGCAUGGUGCUGGCAGAGAACGUGGACGGAGGGGACGACCUAGACCUGGUGGUUUCCACCAUGAACGGUGCUGUCUACUGCUUCCAGACGUCCGUGCAGUACCACCCGUUGAAGGCGUGGCCGUCCCAGAACCAGGGGCGCAACGUGUUCUUCCCGCGCUACGGCCACGAGGGCAUCUACAUGCUGCCGCACUCCCGCCAGUACCGCGACAUCGGCAGGGACUCCUUCCGCGUCAGCUUUGAGAUCGUGGACGCUCGCAACCCCCUGGGGCACGGGGGGGCAUACGGCGCUCAGAUUGGGCCGUACAAAGUAAAGGUGUGGCUGUUUGACAACGAGCGCCGGGAGCUGACCCAUGAAGAGACGUUCUCCCAUCCCGGUGUGCACACGCUGGUGAUCCCCACGCCUAAGCGCCGCACACACGCCACCUUCUUCAUCGAGAUGGAGGACGAGCGCCGCCUCUACUUCCACGACGAGUUUGCGCUCUCCUUCCACUACCACUUCUACCACCUCCUCAAGUGGAUCCUUGCUUUGCCGCUGCUCAUUAUGACGGCUGCGCUUGUGGCGCGCUCUGCUCCGGACUCUGGCCCAGACCUGCCGUCUUUCUCGCCGGCCAGUCGCCAUCUCGCUUGAGUAGGAGCUCCUAUCUUUUACGCUGGCAAAGUAAUGUAUUUUUCGGGCUAGUUUUAAUCGAGAAUGGGAUAUCGUGGAGAUGGAGGUUGAGAGGUGGGUGGCUCUGCUUUCACUCCGAGUUUGCCCUCUCCUACCACAACCUCUUUUACCGCUGCCUCACGUGGAUCCUUGCCGAAUGGCGGUCCUAGUGGCUCGUUCAGGCCUGACGCUGGAAUUGCUGGCUAAGAUGUAGGCUGGUCAAGAGGCAAUACUUAGUUAAGAUGCUUGAUACGUUUUUUGACAUUGUAUGAUACAUCAUAUAGCUUUGCUACAC